ACUUCAAUUCACCAAAAUCAGAACACCACCGCCUCAUUAUAAACCAGAGACACCCAUUCUCUUUCCGCCGAGCUCCGUCGCUCCCAAAUUUCCCGACGAAAUCGCAGAGGAAGAAUUGCAAAGUGACGGGACCCUCGCCGUUGCCUCGAUUUUCAAUAAACCUUCUCUAAUUCUUUUCUGCAAAUAAUAUGAGUGGCGACGGGAAAAGCAGCGCGGUAUUCGGCGAUCCACAGAGUCAGUACCAUUACGGUACAUUUCAAGGUGUUGCAAACUAUUAUUCUUCUGCCCCACAGGCACAACCCCAAUCUUUCGUCGGUUUCCCUCAGCCGGUUACGCCGUCCGGAGUUUCUGGUCACCAUCCUUGUUACCAUGGACAUUUGGGUUACCAAGCCGUUCCUGUUCAAGGUUAUGCUAUUAUUGAGAGAAGACCUUUUGAAGAAGCCCGUCUUCCUUGCUGUGGCAUUGGGAUGGGCUGGUUCUUGUUUAUGAUUGGUUUCUUUCUUGGUGGCAUUCCCUGGUAUGUUGGAGCUUUUAUCGUACUCUUUGUACGGGUGGAUUACAGAGAGAAGCCCGGAUAUGUUGCAUGUGCAAUUGCUUCAGUUCUUGCCGUCAUUGCUAUAACAUUUGGUAUCACCAACGGAGUUGAGCCCUGGUGAAGGGGACAUAUGCAGAACAGUUUGGCCUACCAUGUCGACCCCCUGCAUCGACGAAACCAACUGGUGGGAUACUGUAAUUAGCUUUGAAAUUGUUAUUCUUUCAGUGUCUAUUUGUCAACUUAUUGGUUUCCUUUACCAUAUACUGAAAUCUUCCUGACUUGCCAUAUAUGAAAUGAAAUGUUAAUAGAUUGAAGAAGAAAUUAUUAGCAUUA